AUGUUCGAACCUAUGGAGUGUGGAAGAGAUAUCAAGAAUGAUGGCUAUGCAAGUCUUAUGCAACGACCCGCCCAUGGCAGUGCUGACACGUGGGGCGGCUGUGAUCCCGCAAGAUUCCGUGAUGAUCUCAUGAACUCUGGUGGCCGCUAUAGAAGUCAGAUAAAAGCCGCCUGGAUGAGCAAUGCCGGGAACUCCGGGAGCAAGGCAGCAGAUGCGAAAGCUUAUUUCAAACUUUAUUCUGUCCAGGGGGUGAUGACUGAUGUCGAAUGUACCUAUAUCGUUAAGAUGCAGUGGUUCGACGGCGCCUACAAAAACAAGCAGAAUCUAGCCCACAUUACUUUGGUAUGCCGCUACGACAAGACCAGCGUCCUGACUGAUCCAGUGAACUAUUCGGCAUCGGCGCCGGUACCGAGAUAG